UUUACAGAGAAUGCUAAUUUGGUACACAAACAGCAAGUUUGCGCUUUUCCUUUAUUUUCUUCAGGUCCAUGCAACCUUCUCUUGUACGUUCCUCCCCGUGGACAGCGACUUUAACGCCACCAUCAAUUAUGAAAAGGAUCUAGAUGAGGAGGAUCUUUGCCUAACCGCUUGUCUUGGAGAUCCGACUUGCACCUUUGUCAAAUACUCUGGGAAUCUGUGCACAGUUUACAUGGAAGGGUUCGAGUUGCAAGCAAAAGAUGGAGGAGUUUUCGAGCUGAACCGACAACUAACUACAGUGCCAUGCUCAAGAGAAGUGCAUUUGGAAAAUGUAGAAGAGCACGAAGAACCAGAGGCUGAUGUCCCCGAACAGAAACCCUGCAGGGCAUGGCAGGAUUGUUAAAGGAUACC